CUAGCAUUCCACGUGAGUAGUUAAGCACACGCUAUAGCUGAAAAUGGCGUCCAGUAAGCUGCCGCCUGAAAUUCAAUUUGCCCAAAAACUUGCUUCUAACGAAACGGAUGUAAGGAAACGAGCAAUAACGAAGCUGAGAAAGUAUAUGAAGAUGAGAUCCCAAAAAUCAUCCGGUGGCUUUAAUUAUAAUGAACUUCUAAAGAUAUGGAAAGGCCUCUUCUAUUGUAUGUGGAUGCAAGAUAAACCUCUUCUUCAGGAGGAAAUGUCGCAUGUUAUUUCACGGCUAAUGCAUUCUUUACAGAAUAUUGAUGCACAAUAUUUAUUUUUAGAAACCUUUCUGCAAACGAUGAAUUGUGAAUGGAAUGGCAUUGAUAGACUUCGUGUGGAUAAAUUUUACAUGCUUGUCCGUCACAUUUUAAGACGGACUUUUGAAGUUUUACAGAAUCACAAAUGGGAAGAUAGUCUUAUGAAGAGGUUUUUGAAUAUGCUGAAUAGUAAAGUUUUGGAUGUGUCAAGUGGUGCACCUCAAGGAAUACGAUUUCACAUACUUGAUAUCUACAUGCAAGAAUUGGCUACUGUAGGAGCAGAUGAGCUAACUGCGGAAAAGAAUUUGCAGUUCAUCAAACCAUUUUGUCAGAUUGCUGCUACAACAGAAGACCAGUCAUUAUUGUAUGCCAUUAAAGAAAACAUCUUUGAAGAUAUCAUAGACAAAUCUCCUUUUGCAAUUGAGGAUUUAAUGAAGGAGGUCCUGGAGAAUAAUCAAGAUUGUGAUAAUACAUCUACUACAACUAAUUCACAGUUUGAUUCACACAGACUAAAUGGUAAGAAAGAUAAUGAAGAAGCAGAUAAUGAAAAUGUUUCUGCGAUAUCAGAAGAAAGUGAUGAUAUUGGCCCUGUUCUUCAGUUUGAUUACAAGGCAAUUGCAGAUCAUCUCUUUGAUUUGGCCAGAAGGGGCAGUACACCACCUCAGAACAGAAAGAUGAUUUACAAAUUAGUCAAAAAAUUUGAAGAUCUGAGCGAAGGAAAUUUUCCCACUGAUGAUUACCCAGAGGAAGUUUCCACAGAUGAAGACGAUGACUGUUUUGGAAGUAGACACAGACUAAAAAAAAGGAGAAAAAACGAAACCACAUUGAAUGAAGAAAGUUGUAAAAAAUCAAAGAAUCCAAGAAAAAAAGAGAAAAAUGAAGACUACUCAAAAGAUGUAGAGAGGGUUGAAAAAAAGGAACAGACUGAGCUGCUUUCUUCAGCAAAUGCAGAGACCACUAAUACUAAAGUAGCAAGUGACCUGGAUUUCACAAAUGGAAUAACACAAACUGUAAAAAAGAAGCAGAAGAAAAAGAAAAAAUUAAACAAUCCAGAAGUAAAGAAAAGCAGCACUUCUAUCAAUCCAGGCCUUGAAAAUGGUGUGAUUGUUUUACAAGAAUCACAAGAUACAAACCAAAAUAUAUCUAAAGGAAGUUUAGGAGAAACUCGGGAGUCAAUGCUGGGGAAUAGACAGUCUGUAGCUUUUUCCCCAGUAGGUAUUUGUACAUUAAAAAAGGAUGCCAGUGAGGACUCCAUUGAUGUAGCUGGUGAACUGGCUUCUUUGAAAAGCAAUGUCCUUCAAGAGGAAGAGCCAGGAUGUAGGCCUUCAGGUGUAAAGAUUUUGAAAAAGAAAAAAAUGAAAAAUAGAAUGAAAUUGUUAACACCCAGACAAAUAAAAAGGCCAUUAAAAUUAUUGACAAAAAAAGUAAAGAGAAAGGCUGAAGUUACAGAUUCAUCUACCACUGGACAUAUUGGAGGUGAUAGCAAAAAAAUUAAAAAAAGCAAGGUAAAUGAAGAGAUUAAUAUAUCCAAAAUUUCCUCCAGAAAAGCUGUUCUAAAAAAGGAAUCAAAAGAGAAGAAAAAUUUUGUAAAUUUUGAGACCCCAACUAUACCAGUUCCUGUUUUCUUUAAAACACCCAGUGGAAAAUGCUGCACCCCCAUUUCUUCCAUAAAGAAACAAAAGACACCAGACUCAAUCUCAAAGAAAGUUACCUUUGGUUUGAACAGGAACAAGACAGCAGAAUUCAAGAAGAAUGACAAAAGCAUCUUAGUUAGCCCUGAGGGUACUUCAAAAGUGGCAUUUGACCCAAAUCAGAAGCCCCUUUAUGGUGUUCUGAAGACCCCUGCAAGUCCAAGCAUAAGACUAAAAAAGAACAUGUCUUCACCGAGAAAGAAAAGAGCAACUGCAGCUGAUUUUUUCUAAAUGUUCUCAAGAUCAUGAACUUUGUCUUUUUAUAGAAGAUCACAUACAGAAAUUGUACUGAACAAAUUGUACAUUCGGUUAUCAUUGUUAAUUAAGGUAAUAAACUUUUUUUUUUCUCCCGGAGAUAAAUAUAUACUUCUAUUACAUUGAUUUUUAGGACAGACAAAAUUUGUUAAUCUGAUAAAUUCAUCUGUAAAACACAUUGAUAAUUAAAAAUAAAAUUGUAUCAACUGUUCUCAUAGUUGUAACUUGCAAAGAUAUGCUAACAAACUAUACAGUUACGCACAAAUUGUGAUUUUAUUGCAACACUCGCUUUGAGCCUUUCACUUGUUCUUUUUAGCAGGUUGCUUAGCUUUCUAGGCAGCUUUAAGAACAAGUAACAUCAGUGUUUUAUUGUGCUAUAUACUAUUUUUCUUCCUAUGUAAUCACUGUAUCAAGGUUUGAAGUACAUUUAAAAUGCUCCUUCUUAAUUAUAGUAUGAUCCGGAGGCCUGUGUAAAAAGGUUAUGCAGUUUUUCGUGACUGUACCACAGUUUGAAUCUGAAUUGCGCCCCAAAUAAACUAUCAGCAGGUUAAAUACUUAAUUCAAGCUCCUAAAGGGAGUACCAACAGGACAUAUCAUAGGGUGAGGUUUGUUAUGUGUGUGUAACGCCUGCAACCUUAAAUAGUGGCAGAAAGAGAGAGAUUUUAUUGCAGUAGUAUUUUUUUUUAAUUAUAUGAAGCACUGGUGCCGUCCUGUUGAUAUCAGCAGUUAACUUCACAUGCUACUUGAAAUUUUCAGUGCGGUGUGGACAUAGUGCAGCACACCAAUUUAUUAAUUUUGCCGUUUCCUUACUUGUAUUGCUUGUGACAACAUAUACAAGAAACACAACAUUUUAGUUGGUUGUACAAGUGGAUGCUUAGUAGCCUUAAGACCUAUGGGAAGAAAACCUUCCUGAAGCUAAUCAGUGUGAAUGCUAGUGGUCUACUACCAUUUUCCAGAACAGAUAAGGUUAAAAAGUGACUCUGCAGGAUGCCACCCUGGGCCCCCAGGUGUCUUUCUCUUUCAAAUAUUUAUUUUUGCACAAUAUAUUGCAAUGUAUUAAAUGGAAUAUGUGUUUUGAUUCUAAGAGGUUCUACUAAUUCUAUCAAACAUUGCGUGUUAUGCUACUCUACUUACACAAAGAAAUUAACUUUAAAGCUCAAAGAACCCAAGUCAUCAUUUGUAAACUUUUUCUAGAGUAUGUAGCCAUGGUAGAUGAAAUGGAUAUGAAUGUAGAAGCCUAUCGAGGAAGAGAUUACCUCUCCAUGCAAUGUAUGGGCAUAUAGGGGACACCUGACGAAGGCAGAGUGCAAAAAGGUUAUAUUCUCUGCCAGGAUAUCUGAAAAACAUCAGUGGGCAGGUAGGCAACCCCAACAUGUUAAUGAUACCUGACAUUUUACUAGAAACACAGGCCAUUGCAAUUCCAAGGAGAAAACAGGAAGGAGAUCCUACUUGGUGUAGGUGGCAUCUAGCUGCCAAGGUAGAGAUUGGCAAGCCUGCAUGCUACUUGAGCACAUGUUUCACUUUCUGCACAGAGCCACAUAUUGUAACUAUGUGCUUGCAGCUUUAGAAUUUUGUAGAACAUCUUUGAAUUUCAAAAGUGAUUCAGGAGCUUGGAUGAGGUAUAAAAGUUGCACCUACCCUGUGGAACAUUAUGUUUUAAGCAGGGAGGAUGAGAUGGAAGAAGGGUCACUGUUAGAGAACUGAGUUGAAGGUGUACUGUGUGGCACUUUGGUGUGUGUGAAAGCCUCCUUACAUCACCGUAACAAUAGGCUUAAAGGGGCAUUUUUUUUUUUCCUUCAUUCUUUUAUUGCUUUGUAUAGUCAUCUCAGCUCUGGGGGUUUUGGUAAAUAAAUGCAAAUCAUUUUAUAAAUUCAGUUUCUUUGGAUCUUUCCAAAUUUCAGAUACCUAGGAGGUACUAUGAAUAUUAUUAACAUAAAAAUGUAAGCGUUCUCUCUAUAUAAUGAAUUCAUACCCUAGAUGUGAGUAAAGAAAUAUAUAUUUGAGGUUCAAAACUGUGUAGGGGAAAAAAAA